UUCAAAAACAUUUGAUUUUGACAAGAACAAAACAUGUUUUUAUAUAUCAGUGAUUUAUUCCUGUCCAAACUGAUAAUUCUAAACAAAGUUUUGGUAAAAAAAUAUUUGUGUUUAAUAUGUGUACGUAGUAUAUUUUAUUUUAGGUAAACGUAAAUUUUUCAAAAAAAAUUGUGAAAUACUCUUGAAUUAUGUGACGAAUGGAAACAUGUAUUUUUGAGGUUAACAUUCAUUUAUACAAAGAAGAAUAAUGCUUAUAUUAUUAUAUACUUGACAUAUAUUUGUUAAGUGCUCUUGUACCUAUAAUGUAUUCUGAAAAUUCUAAUCAAAAAUAGUAAUAUCACUAGAACAUUGAAAUGUAAUAAAUAAGUAUCUGUUAAGCAAAAUGGAAAAGAAAUGUAAUUCUACAAAAUCAAAGGAAAACUGCUUAUACAAUAGUACCACCAUCGAUCUGAACAAAUUAAAAUAUUCUCAGUAUAGAAUAACAAAUUUUAUUAGACAGCAACACUAUCACUUGCAUUUGAUUAUUAUAUAAAAAACAUUAUACACAACCAUACAAUACACACAUAAAGGUUAGAUGUCACAUUGAAUGGAAAUUUAUCAACUUAACUGGACACAAUGGAAAAUUCAUAACAGGCGAAAAUUAUUUGGAUGAUAUCAGACAAUGUAAAUAAUAAAAUGACGUCCAAUACACUCUAAAAAUAAAAUUCUUGCGGGAUGUGGAUUUGUGGACUUGUCAAAGACUUAGUUUGUGUCAGUCGAGUAUAUUUCACUGAAUAAAUAUGAACAACAUUAUGAAACUCUUAUUGUUCUUUACCAUGUUUGUAAAUUUUUGUAUCGGAAAUACUUUAACAUGCAUUCCAAGAGUAGUUUCAUCAAAUUGGACUGGUUUAAAUGGUGUAGAUGCUUUAAUACCGAUAAUGCAUUCUGACACAAUCUUCACCGAUUCACAUUUGGUGUUAGAUUAUAGAUGGUUUAAUUUACCAAAUAAUAGGACAGUGCAAUUAACCUACGACUAUACCUGGUAUUUUUCUGUCAAACAAGAUGGAGAAGGAAUGCAACUAAUUUUGGGUCAAAGUCGAAGAAAAAUUGGCUAUCUUACGUUUGAAAAAAAUCAGAUUACUUACAAUAGUUCACAUAUAAAUAAAAUUGUUAUGGAUAAUAAUAAUAAUAAUAAUAAUCACAAAGUUUCAGUUUGGCAACAUUUUAGCUUGAAUAUUGUUAAAACUACUAAAGUAGAUAAUUAUUAUUCCAUAUUAUAUAUAAAUGACAAAAAAAUAGAUAGCAUAAACGAGACAGACUUAUCAAUUUACGUUCAAAAUUGGACAUACUGGAAAAUUCAUCGCACUGAAAAUUAUUUAUAUGUAUAUUCAAAAUUAUUUCAUUUUGUCAAGAACAAAACAUGUUUUUAUAUAUCAGUGAAGUAUUCCUGUCCAAAUACCAUGAUAAUUCUAAACAAUGUUUCGGUGAAUGUAAAUUUUUCAGAAACAAAAUUUUGGUACACUUUUGAAUUGUGUGACGAAUCUAAACAUGUAAUUUUUGAGGUGAACAUCGACUUAUGCAAUAAAUUUAAGUGGUAUUAUAUACCUGACACAUAUUUGUUAACAGAUUUGCCAGUUUUCAAUAAUUCCCCAAGUAGUGGUGAACGUCAGAUGAUAAUAUACAUAUAUAUUGGGUUAAUUUUACUACUUAUACUACUCAUUGUGGUAGUCUCAAUAAUUUACUAUAUCGUUAAAAGUAGGAGGGAGAGUGAAUACUUCUGACAUUGAAGAAAACAAAGAUGAAAUUCAUAGUGAUAAUUAUGGAAAACUAUAAUUUUUUAUAAUAUAAGGAAAUGUUAUUAAAGCAAAAUAUAUAUUUAAUGAAUAGGAAAUAUAUUUUACGUUCUUGACAGAAUUUAUUUAUGUGUGAAAAUGAUAGAGUAGUAUGUAAGGCUUUCGUGACAAUUGUUUCCACAUAUAUAUUUGUCCGGGUUUAUAGGUCUACGUUUGUUGAUAUUAUUUCCUUUAGAUUUUAAAUGGUUUAGUUUAAAAAAUAAUAUCACUUGGAGAUAUAAAAAAUAUGUCAAAAUAGAAAAGAAAUUUAGAGUUACGGGAAAACUGCCUAUAUUACUUUGGAAAAAUAUCAAAUUAGUUUCAUUCUUAUUAUAAAAUAAUAAAUUUUAUUAGGUUAGGUUUUAUUAGGCCUAUUCGACAUUUUCUCAUCCCACACGAACUGAAUCUAGUGUCUUAGUUCAUCAUAUCCCACACAUUUCCGAUUGGCGAUGAACUUAUCCUAUCUCUUAGGGCCAAUAAUCUAAGAUGCAUGAAAAUAUCUGAAUGCGUUCUGGGUGUACCGUUUUUCUACAGUUAGUACUCAUUUCCAAAAGUUAGAUACUACAUUGAAUAGAAAUUUAUUAAUUUACAAUCAUAUCUGAACACAAGUGAAAAUUCAGAAAGUAGAAAUCACCAAUAAUUUUUAAUGUCAUAAUAUAAUUAGUUUUCCAUAGUUUCUGUAAUUAAUACACUUUUCUUCUUUUAAAGGUGUUUAGUGUUUGGCACCAUAAAUGCAGCAAAGAACACUUUUCUGAAAUUAUUUAAGAUAAAAAGUAAUCCAAAUGUAUUACGUCUACUAUAGAAUGUCAAGAUGGUAGUCAACCACGAAUUACGACCGGUCUUCUGAUUAUUUAUGCUAUCUAAGCUUCGUGCAUACCUUGGAAUCAUUGUAAGCUUGUUUACCAUUAUUAUUUAGAGACACCCACAGAGUUGGUCAUAUUAGACCAAAAAACUAUGAAUGCUCGAAGGUAGCUUCGUUUUUAUAGAUAAAAUUUCUGUUGAUGCAAUUCUGUUUUAUUUAUUAAAUAUUGUUUUUAUAACAUAUUUGUUGCAAUAUAUAGCCACUGUUAUCCUGAUUUGUUAAAUAAUUCAUAUUACCCAGUAGAGAAUUUGUAUGAGACGGGACUUAUGUUGUCGGUUGAAGGGAGUAAAUUAUUUGAAUGAUGCCGGACAAUACGAAUAAUAAAAUCAUGUUUGUAUGUUAAUGUAAGUUUUUGGCGCAGUAACGAUGAAAAUGUUUUCAAAAAAUAUUUCAUCAGACAUUUUAUUUUAUUAAUUUAGUUUACAAAACAAAAGACAAUUUAAUAAUAAUAUUUGUAGGGCUUAUUUUAUAAAAGAUUGUUGUUUAUAAAAAACAUUUUAUUUAAUUUAUUUAAUUCGUAAAGCGGUCUAAAAUAUACAUUAAUAAUAAUAAUCUAGAAGGAUGUGGAUUUUUUAUCUUGUGAUAAUAACUUAAUGUUUGUUGAAUUUAUUUCAUUAAGUAAAUAUGAUCAUCAUAAUGAAACUUGUAUUGUUUGUUAUCAUGUAUAUCAAUUUUUGCGUUUGUAGUACUUUUAAAUGCAUUCCAAGAGAAAUUUCUUCAAAUUGGACAGCUUUAAAUAUUGUUGAUGCUCUUAUACCGAUAAUGUGUUCUGAUCAACAAUUUUCCUCCAGUUCCCUUUUGGUGUUAGAUUAUAGAUGGUUUAGUUUACCAAAUAAUAGCACUCUUCGAUUAUCUAACAAUUUUCAAUAUUGUUCUGCCUGGCAAUAUGGAAAAGGAACGCAACUAAUUUUGCGAAGUGGAAAAAAAACUGCCAAUCUUACGUUGAAAAAAGAUCAAAUUACUUAUACUAGUUCGAGUAAAAAUCACAAUAUUACCAACAUUACCGAAGUUUCAGGUUGGCAACAUUUUACAUUCUAUAUAAAUAAUAGUGUUAAGUCUCCUAUUUUAAAAAUAAAUGGCAAAGAAAUAGAUACCAUCGGUAGAGACUUAUCAAUUGAAGUUCAAAAUAGGACAUACUGGAAAAUUCAUCGCACUAAAAAUUAUUUGUAUUCAGAUUCAAAAUCAUUUGAAUUUGAUAAGAACAAAACAUGUUUUUAUAUAUCAGCGAUGUAUUUCUGUCCAAAUACCACGAUAAUCAUAAACAAUGUUUCAGUGAAUGUAAAUUUUUCAGAAACAAACUUUUGGUACACUUUUGAAUUGUGUGACGAAUCUAAACAUGUAGUUUUUAAGGUGAACAUCGAUUUAUGCAACAAAUUUAUUUCAUAUUAUAUACCUGACACAUAUUUGUUAACUGAUUUGCCAGUUUUCAAUGACUGCUUCAUAAGUACUGGUAAACGUCAGGUGACAAUUUACAUUUAUAUUGGGAUAAUUUUAUCACUUAUAUUACUUAUUGUGGCAGUCUCAAUAAUUUACUAUUUAGUUAAAAGGAAGUACGACAGCGAAUUUAAAGGAAUGCGAGUGAAUAAUUCUGACAACGAAUAUGAUCGUAUCUACAUGGAACGUAUUUACCUUGAAAUAAUUAAUUAAUCAUCAUAAUCAUUUUUAGUUUUUUUUUUUUUGUAUUUACAAGAUCAAUUCGAAGUACAUGGUAAAGUCAGUGAAUAUAUAUUUAAAAUAUGAUAUGUACAUCCAAUAAUAAAUAAUUAAAUCAAUCAGUUUUUAAAAACUAUUGUAAACAAAAUAUUACUAAAACAAAAAUAGUAUCUUCCAUUUAUUAUGACGUAUUUUAAUAUGUAGUAGUGAAUUUUAGAUUAGUAAGUUAGAUUUUAGAGUAGUAAAUUCAGAUCAUCAGAAAAAAUUGGAAUAUCAAGGACCAAUUAUUUUCAAAAAAUAACUAAAAUAAUAAAUUAAAAAUACACAUAUACCCAUUUAGUAUUUUCAUCAUCAUAUUUAUAAAGAAUAUUAACUGAACUAUGAAAUAUUUAUUAGUAGUUUUAGUUAUGUCAAUUUUUCUAAUUUUUCGGAUGGUAAGUAGAAAGAAAAAAUUUAGACUUAAAACUUGAAUAAUUGAAACACUUGUACCUAUAAUAUAUUCUGAUAAUUCCAUUACCUUAUAACUUUGAACUUUGAUUAAUAGAUUAAUUCAUUUUUAAAAAACUAAUAUCACUUGGAGAUUGAAAUUUAAUUCUAAUACACAUGUCCUUGUUAAAUAAAAUAGAAAAAAAUAUAAUUCUACAAAGUCAAGGGAAACAUUGUUUUGAUAAUAUAUUUGUUAUAAUAUAUUGUCAUUGCUAUUUUGAUUUAUUAAAUAAUUCAAAUUAUCCAGUAGAGAAUUUGUAUGAGGGGCGACUUAUAUUGUCGGUUCAAGGGAGAAAAUUAUUUGGACGGUGCCAGACAAUGCAAGUAAUAAAACCAUUUUUGUAGGUUAUAAGUUUAUGUCGUUUAUUUGCUUAUGGGGAAUUACGAAUUCUUACGAAAGAAAAGACAAAUUAAUAAUAAUAUUUGUAUAAAAAAUAUAUAGCGUAUUAUAAAAUAUUAAAUAUGUUAUAUAAUUUAUUUAAUGUGACAUGGGUCUAAAAAUAAAACUCUAUAAAUAUGUGGAUUUUUAGAUUUGUGAUAAUAAAUUAAUGUUUAUUGUUAUUUUAUUAAAUAAAUGUGAUGAUCAUUAUGAAUCUUAUAUUAUUUACUGUUUACACGA